AUGGCGUCGCCGUCGUGUGCCUCCAAGCUGCCCUGGACCGCCGCCGCCUCCUCCCCCUCCUCCACGCGCCGCCUCCAGACGCGACGCGCCCCGUCGCUCGUCAUCGUCGCGCAGGGCAGGGUCAAGAAGUACCGCCAGGUCAUACUUAAGGACGACAUCGAUGAGAUUAGCGGCAAGAAGGGGGACACGAUGAAGGUCCGGGCCGGGUUCUACCGCAACUUCCUGCUCCCCAAGGGCAAGGCCACGCUGCUCACCCCCGACGUCCUCAAGGAAAUGCAAGUGGAGCAGGAGAGAAUCGAGGCUGAAAAGAAGAGGGUAAAAGAAGAGGCACAGCAACUCGCGCGAGUCUUCGAAACCAUCGGGGCGUUCAAGGUGCCACGUAAAGGUGGCAAAGGAAAGCAGAUCUUCGGGAGCGUCACGGCGCAAGAUCUCGUCGACAUCAUCAAGUCACAGCUUAACAGGGACGUGGACAAGCGGCUGGUGGAGGUCCCGGAGAUCCGCGAGGUCGGGGAGUACGUCGCGGAGAUCAAGCUCCACCCCGACGUCACAGCCAAGGUGAGGCUGACUGUGUAUGCCAAAGUGAGCCGGUUGCAAGCAGGACAUUCAGUGGAUGGUGAAGUCUGA